AUGGACUUGAUACGACGUUAUCGAUUUGCUUAUUUAGUUUUUUUAAUACUUCCAUAUUUAUUUAUUAUAUAUUCAUAUUUUUUUAAAUCGUCAUCAUCAUCAUCAUCAUCAAUCAACAAUUCAAUGCAAAUAAAACAAUCGUCUCGUGUACUAAAAUCAAUUGAUGUUGAACGAGUCUUAGUUAUUUAUGUUUUGGCUGAUACAGAUGUACAGGCAGUUGGUAAUCUUCAAUUUUUUAUUCGUUAUGGUGUUCAUCCAUCACAACCAGCUGAUUAUUAUUUUAUUUUACAACAAGUUAAUAACAAAACAGUGAAUGAAUCUCGUUUACCAAUACUUCCAUCCAAUGCACAUUAUAUUCAACACAUAAAUGAAUGUUAUGAUUUUGGUACAAUUGGAUGGUUUCUGUCACAGAAUAUAACAAAUACAACUUUAUAUAAAUAUUUUAUUUUUAUGAAUGCAUCGGUACGUGGACCAUUUUUCGCUACUUAUUUUGAUAGUGAUGCCGUAUGGUGGUUUACAAUAUUUACUAAACGUUUAAAUGAUGAUAUAAAACUUGUUGGUUGCACAAUAAGUUGUGCACAUAGUCCACAUGUGCAAAGUUAUUUGUUAGUUACUGAUCAAAUCGGUUUUGCAAUAUUAAUUGAUAAAAAAAAUAAAGUAUUUAAUUGUAAAAAUGGUUAUAAUGAUGCUAUUGUUAACGGUGAAAUAGCUACUAGUCAACUUAUUCUUCAUGCUAAUUAUCAAAUAGCAUCAUUACAAACAAAAUAUCAAGGUUGGGAUUUUCGUAAUAAAGAAAAUUGGGGUUGUAGUAAUAAAGUUAGUCCGAUUUUUCUUGAUCGUGCCGUUGAUGGCAUUUCGCAUGAUCCUUAUGAACUUGUAUUUGUCAAGUAUAAAGGAUUACCACCAUUUGAUACCGAUCUGGAAAGACGUGCAUUGAUCUAUCAAAAAUGGUUGGACGAGCGUCCAAAAACAAAAGAAAGAAAUCGAACAGCUAUAAAAUAA